ACAUCUCAGUCAGUGAAGAGAUCUGUUAAAAGCGUCCAAUGAUUAAGAUGUUAUUGAAUUUUUAUAAAAUCACUUUUGGGGAGGUUUCAAUGCAAAGACUCGUUAAAUGAGUGAUUUAAAACAUAAAUACAGAACAAGAAAAAGGUUAUGAUCACAGUCAUAUAGAACUAUUUUGUGAGAGAUGAAAUUUUACAUGCAUUCAGAAGAACCAGAACUAACAGUAGUUAUAGUAUGGGAAAAAAACAGGUCAGGCACUUUGCAAGAAGCAGUAAACAUAUUUACGGAAUCUUUGAAAAACAAAUUCCCUGAAUUUAAAACUUUUAGAUUAAUUUGUACUGUUAAGAAUGGCAGAGGAAAAAUUAUUGAGGAAAGUACUUCAGUGGACAAAGCUGUAAAGCAUAUGGAUGAUUUAUAUGUAAAUGUUGAAUUUAAAGAAGAUGGAAUCAAUAAAGUAUCUGAGAGAGUAGAAGAAUUAGGUAUUGAAAAGAAUGAAAAGAAAGCAGAAAGUGAAGAUUCGAAGAAAGAUGUUCUAAUAAGUAAAAAUAAUGCAGCAAUUAUUCAUGUUGGUAACUGUAGAUAUAGAAAGGCUAUUGCUGUAUAUAAAGAGAUCCUAGAUGAAGAUUCACGAAAUAAAGCUGCCUACAAAGGUAUAAUAACAUGCUACAAAAAGGCAGGUAGGUUCAAGAAGGCAUUAGCACAGGCAAAGAAGGCAUUAAAACUGUUUGAGAAUGAUGUGGAUUUAAAUAUGUUAGCAGGAGAAGUGCAUGUUGACUGUGGUAAUGGAGAUGAGGCAAUUGAGUAUCUCAUGAAGUGCUCCAAGUUAGCUAGGAGUUCUAAUGGUCUUGACACAGAGACUAAACAUGAACUUCAUGUGCUCCUUGCCAAAGCUUACCUUAUCAAAGAACAGAAAGAUAUGGCUAUAGCAGUUCUUCAAGGGGUUUUAAGAGAAGAUGUGGAACAUAAAGAUGCUCUUGUACUAUAUGCAGGGCUUUUAUUUCCACUUGGACCAUCACAGAAAGAGGAGGCAAUGUCAGUUUUAAUAUCAACUCUGGCAAGAGCUAAAAAUGAUAAAAAAGCUAUGCAAACAUUUGCAGAAGUAUGUCAACAGCCUGAUGGAAUGGAAGUAUUAAAGGAAGUGAUUAAACCAGUGAUGAAAGAUUCUGCUGCACUUGUGUUCCUUGGGAACUGUUUAAGAGACUUUAGUGCCAUUAAAGAAUGUCUCGAGUUGUUUAGUUUGGCUUUAGAAGCAGAUCCAAGUAAUCCUAGCAUUGCACUUAUUUAUGUUCAUACUUUAGAGAUAGUAGAUAGGCAUAAGGAUAUUAUAAAGUACUACAAAGAAUACUGUAGUAAAUAUUUAGAAAAGUCUGUAAAUAAUCUUACAUGUGAAAAUGUUAAAGAUGUUAUUGAUAGCAUACCUGAACAGCUAGAUGACUCACUAGUAUCAGACGAGGUUGUUGUAGCAACUGUGAAACAAGGUUCUAACUCAGAAAUUACUUCAUGUUCUAAACAAUACACUGAUGAAGAGAAAUAUCUGCUUGCAUUCUGGUUUACUCUUGUCAAAGUGUUGUUUAUCAAAGGACAGUUGCAUUAUAUUCCACCUUUAUUGGAGAUGAUUCAUCCUUUAUGUGAAGGGCAUGACCUUCACAAUAGCAACAUUAGAAAUGAAGCUGCAUAUUUCAGCUGCAUCAGAGAUUUGUUCAAAACAUACGAUAGGGAUAUUCCUGCUACGAAGCUCUCACUUGGAGAAAAUUACAUAUAUUUUAUUGGUGACAGUCACUGUAUACCACCAGCUUGGCAGAAAAUUACUGUAAAGGGCUCAACAUUCAUUGUGCACCCAAUCCUUUCAACUGGUACAAAAAUCUGGCAUCUAAGACACGAAAGCAAGUUUUAUCCAAAGGUGAACUUCCACUCAGCUAUUAAAAACAUACCAGACAAUGCCACUGUAAUUGUUUGUCUUGGUGAGAUUGACUGUAGAGAAGCCUUACUAAGCUGUUGGGAAAAGGCCAGGUAUGACACAAUAGAGGAUGGCAUGGAAGCUGUGAUUGACAUCUACCUUAAAGAAAUGAACAAUCUGCAGAGAAAACACCAAUGGAAACUCUUCAUUCAUCCUGUGUUGCCAGUCUUAGAUGUUACCCGUCCAAUAGUAUCACAGUUUAAUAGAAUCUUGGCAACAAUGCUGUUGAGAGAGCCAGCAAUCCAUUGGUUGAACUUUGUUAAAGACCUAACUAAUGGUCCAGAUGAAGGAGAGAUGCUGAAAGAAGAAUUCAUAUUUGAUGGAACACAUGUUCAUCCUAGAUAUACAUCUUUGCUGGCAGAUUCUUUGUCAGAUUUUCCAGAGAUAUUUAACUGAACUAAAACAUUUGAGUUACUUGUUUGCAAGUUGUUUGCAAUAGAAUUUUUAUACAAUU